CAACAACCUCUUAUGAUUCAUACGUCUUGCAGGCAGCUGCUGGCAGCACUCUAACAACUCUACUCCGUCAUUAGUUAAGUGCAGUACUACAGAAGUUUGUGAACGCAAGAUGGUCCUGCUCCUGCGCUCGGAGCUUCGGCUUCAUUCGGUUCGUUCUACUUUGCCUCCGAAGGCUUGACUAGGCCGUGGCUUCUGCCCGUCUUCUACCCCGCCGUGUCAUGUAUAACAACUCCAGCCAGUUUCAGUAUGGGGGGUCCUCCUCCUCGACCGCCACGUUUGGCGGAGGGCAGCAGCCUAUUAUGAGGAAGAUAAUCUCCCCACUCCAUCCUCCAAGGGAAACUUUGCCAUGCCGACUUCCUUGUUGUGGCCACAAAUGAUCGGCCUUGUCUUGCACAUAAGUAUAUGGAAACCAAGAGCUGCAGGCAGCAUUCUGAAGGCCAUCUGUAAUGGUACGUCUUUCAAACCCACCAUGGAUAUUGGAUUUGUCAAACUUCUCGAUGCGUAUGCAGCAAUUACUGGUGCACAAUCAAUAGAAGCGCAGUUCUGCGAUCCCUCAAUGGUGCAGCCAAUUGCUAAUUUCUAUUUUGAUUUGUGUACGCCAAUCUCGAGGGCGUCGCAAAAUUCUGAUUAUUUUAUGCCCAGCACUAGAACGAAGUAGAAAAUGUGAGGAAAGUUAAGGGAGAUUUAUUUUCUUCGUUUUGAUACCACCCUCCUUCGCGGGGAGCACGCCCGGGUUCGGUGGACCUGGAGCCGGAUUUGGCAGCACCGCCACGCAGCCCAGUCCACGGAUGAACCUCGGUGGGUCCGGUACCGGCCCCCCCGGGGGGUUCGGCAUGCAGCAAGGGGGUCAGACACCGGCUUUCGGCGCGGGAAACAAUCCACCUGGUGGAGGUGACAACCAGCAGACCACUGGAUCAAAAGCGGCUGAUCUUGCAGUAAUAAACAUGCUGCGCUGGUGGAUACCAUCACAUUUUCGGUUUGAUCCACUAUCAUCUCGUGCAUGCCUCACAAUUUCAGCGUUAAUAUUUGUACACUUAAUGUGCGAGGUCAAUGGGUGAAGGGUAAAACCAAAAUAAAAUUUCUGCGUUUCAAAAUUUCACCACAGAACAGCACGAAAGCCGCCCUAGGGGGUCUCGUGAGCCGCGUAACGCGAUCCAGCAAGAAGGAAGAAGACCCGCGCUCAACGCAGCAAUUGCCGGGCCUCGGAACCAUGGACGGUGGACAGGGGAACAACAAUCCAAAUGGCGACACUGCCAUGUCAGCCUCGUAUCCACCUCCACGAAAUGGGGGUCGCAAUUCCUCUGCGCCGUACCCUGGAGCGGGGAUGUUCUCUCGCGUCGGAGGCGCGAAGAAGGCGACGCGCAGUGCCGGUGGGGACCGAACCGUGGUUACGAGAUGUCGCAAUCCAACACUGGAGCAAAGUCCGAUUACCAAAAACGAAGAGCAAGUUAUGUCCAUGAUACCCCUGCAUCCUUUUCUGCUCCGCGUCCGCGCCCUGGCAGGCAGCGAAGGCUUCCUCUCACGUAUGGAAUACAAAUUUCCCAUUCCCAUGCGUGCGCUCCUUGCGCGUACAGGUGAGUACAGCUACAACAUGCAUGACGAUACAAAAUUAGAACUGUGAAUGUGAUGUUUUUGCCACUGACUGCCACUCGUCCAAAACCUACUACGUAGUCUUAGUCAGGAGCGCCAGAUGAAUUCUUACAAUGAUUCCCAUGCGAGUAUGGUUUUGAUGGUCUGAAAGUUUAAUUGUUGUGCAUGGUUCAUCCCAACUGUACCUGUACGCCGCGUUUACUGUGGAUAGUGCGCUGGCUUGCGCUGCACCACCACGCCUUCACGACAAAUCCGCUGGUGUUGCACGAAGACUGGCACUACGACCACUUUGUCCGCGCACUGUUGAAUGCAGACGACGGACUCUUUCGCAGUCGAGCGAACUUGCGGGAGCACGAACCGUGGAACUACUGGCGCCUCUUGCUGCAGCUAAUGCGCGAGAAAAUCGCCCUGGCCAAAAAGUGCCAGCAAAUAUCCGAGUUUCCACAAGUAGGAGGCGACAGUAGCGCAGGACCGAUCGUCAUUGCGAGACAGCAGCAGGCUUAUGGUAUCAGACAACUCCGGCUGUCAAGAAUCUUUUGUAGUCGUAUUUUCGUUCAUUUUUACAUCUGAUGUGGUUGCACCAAGAGCAAUGACUUUGCAUUUGGAAGGACGAGCACUUCUUUACAGUUCUUGCCUCCAUUGCGGAUCAUCAAAUCACCUGAAGAUGAAAGUCUCUAUUUUUUCCAGGAGCGACGCAGCCCCAAUCCGGAAACGCGCUGGAAGACAUGUACCAAAAAAUCGUUGCCCGCAAGCGCGUAUCCACUGCAACUAAGUUUGGGCCGGGAUGAAGGAAACUUGUAGCGCUAGACAGUGUCUCCAUGAGGAAAGAACUCCACUAACUACCAAAGAAAAUAGCUGCAUGACAGGAACAAGGGUGACGCUUUUGGAUGCCAAUCUAUGUAGGUGCUGACGCUGAUCCGCUCCAUGCACAGCAGAGUUUGGCUUCACUUACAACGCGUUGCAAGGGUAUGAUAUUACACAGGCUGGCGCUCCUCCUCCUCCGGGAGACGACCCAGACAUACUUGCAGCCCAUAGCGUGGCACGCUGCCCACCUGGCAGCAGUACUACGCGGAGCUGGAGCAGCUGAUUCAGUUUUGCGACUUUGAGGUGGUUAUCAAAUGCAAAAAUGUCUGGGUCUAGAAACUUGUGAUGCUAAAAUGUGCAAGAGGAAGUCACUUCCUUAUGCAGGAAAACAUGACAAGAUUGCAGCACGCCUUCUCAUACGAACUCCACAUGAGAAACUGCAUUUUUGUAUGAAAUAAGGGGCCACCACUGUUUUUGGUCAUGCAAUACAGAUUUCACAGGAAUGCAAGACCAGCAUUACACGUUCCAACUUUCCAGACCCAGACAUUUUUGCAAUCCAUAGUGGUUUCCAGCAGGCAAACCAUGCCAGUGUUUCUGAACUCACACGAGCGGUCCCUGUUCAAGCGGAUGAACAACUUCCGGGCGGAAAGGAUGCAGUUGAAAGCCGACCACAUGUACUCGUUGAAGAUCUGCUUGGAAACGGUCACCUUUACCUCUUUUCAGCACGGCUUGGGCAUUCGCGAGAAGAACGCGAAGGAGAUCCUGACGACCUUGUAUUCCGAGGAGGACCGGCUCACCGCACGACUCCUGUACCAAUACGACGAGUACCGCCGCCGCGAAGAAGGAGAUCCGAUAGAGAUUCUCGACGGCCGGUUCGACGCCUUAGUGGCCUUUAUCGCAAGAAAAAUGUGCAGGAGCUACUAGCGUCGUACUUCUAGUACACUUAGUUAAACGUUGGCAACAGGUGGUGCUAGUGCAACUUCUGCCAUGAUGACCGAAAUACAGCGUCGAAGUCUCGUCUCGUGCGUGUUUUCACUUGUUGAGAUCUCCACACUAUCAAUCUUUAAGCACAAGCUUUUUUGUCCUGCAGGGCAGACUUGUGUUGCCGUCGAGAAGUGUUGUUGAGCGACGAUGUAUGAUGAACUACUGUAGCGUUUUUUUUUUCCUGGAUGGCGUACGGCAAAACUUUACUGGAAAGCCUGAAACAGGCACAGGCGCAACAGCCUCAAUCCAAUGCGCUCGGACCAGGCGACGCCGCGGACGACGCGGAGCUGAAGAAAAAGGAUGCGCUGGAGCGCCGGUGGGCAUUGCACGUACAGGAAAGGAAAAAAUUUCGCAGCAUUCGCACGGAGGUGGAGCGUAUGCAUUGCAAAGAUGUCUGGCUGUAGAAGAUUGCAACACGUCGCAUGCUUGAGGUUGAGCUUGUCUGACAUAUUAAUGAGCGGUCUGAGCUAUGCCUAUGUCUAAUAUGACUAUUUGAGCCAUAGGCUCGCGAAGUCCUCUUGCCUGUGAUCAUGCAAACACGGAGCUGACCACGCGGAAUCGGUGGGACUAACUCACGGCCCUUCAUAAAAAAACUGUCGACAGGUUUGCCUGUGUAUCGCUAAUCUUGCAGUGCUGUUAUCAUUGUCAUUCACUGAAUUCACUUGCAUAUACAACUUGGACUUUCCAGACAGACAUCUGCUCCAUGCAUAAAACGAGAACGCAGCGCGGUGUCUGACGCACUGUACAAAACGUGGCAACAGCUGCGCACGUUGCGCAAAACGCAGAAUUUUGUCAGCACGCCCGUGAAGUUGGAAGCGCAGGUGGUUUCGCACAAUGCGGAGGAGGAUAUGGGAGUCUACUCAAGCGUUACGUUGACUGUUCCUGUUACGUGAGUUUGUUACACCGGAAUAGCAACUACAGUGAAGGGUGGAAGGUUGCUGUGCGUCCUCUUGCGUUACAGAGAAGUACUUAAAUGACUUGUCACGCGAAGUAGAGGUAGACUUUGAUGCGUGACAAAGCAACAUGCAACAGCACUCAACGUAACGCUUGAGAGCCCCAUAGAGGACCAGAAACGCGUGGAGCAGUACCUGCAGGCGGAGCUCGAAGAGCUGGAAUUCCUCGCGCAGCAGGAGCAGCAGCCAUUUGACCCGAGCCAGGCGGAACAGCAGCUCCGCGAGUGGUACGCAACGAACUGGCGUCCGCCCGGGGCGGACACGUACCGCUUUGAGCUCUCCUGGAGGAGAGAACGCGUCACAAACAUGGACGAGCUCCGCCCGAUCUCCCUGCAGGAGUUCGAGCGUCGACGCCGGCUGCAAAGUGGGGUACUGAAGGUCGAGAUCACAUGCGUGGUUAUGCAGUGCAAAAGUUUCGGCAUCGCAGUAGUUAUACAUCAUGGCUGCAUUUUUACAAAUUUUCACAAGCACAAAAGCAAAAGCACAAUGAUCAUGCUACAUCUUAUAGAAAGGUAGAUCUGCGAUGCAUUUGCAUGAUGUUGAUAUAUGACUGUAAUUACAACGAGUGCGGUACUUUUGCACAGGAUAGUGGUCAACGGAGAGCAAGUCGGGACAUCCGGCGCGAUGCCAGUGCAGUGGGACUCCUGGAGCACCAGCGCGAACCUUAGUACUUAUCUACAAAAAACAGCGCAGAUGAAGUUUGGAUAUUGCGCGACGUACAUCCUCCAUGAUGAUCAAGAUCAUGAUGGAUCACGAUGUUGCACGCAACUCUCCGCGAAAUAAUGGGCUAUUUAGAUUCGUCGCACCUCGCAGCAUCGUAGGUAUCCAUUGAUUCCGCUCACUUCAUUCCAGGUAACAUCUUAGACCAGGACCUCGGGGCGGUCGCAGAUCUCGCCCGCGCCGCCUGCCCCUACACGUUUGAUCUGUGCGUGCACACGAUGCCGCGCACCAUCGAGCUGCAAGUGUGGGUCGGAGUGCCCCGCGCGCUGGGAAUCUUCUCGCAUGGUAGAAUACGGAAGUGGACGAAAAUUGGUGGCGUGCAGAUCGCCAUUCCAGCGGCGGAAGGCACCCGGGUGACGCACACUCCGAUCAUUCGGCAGAAGCUGGUUUUUGGCUCCGACGGCGCGAUUACGGCCGCCGGGACCCGUUCCUCGACUUCCACCCAGACCUACGUCGAGGGGACCUCGGCAAGCACCCCGCGCUCGCACCAGCGGGAAUCGCAAACCAGGCAGGAACUGCAGUCUGCCAUGGAGGACACAAGCACCACCACCGGCGUAAUAAAGGUGCGCACGUUCUGGCCCGUGCCGCUCAACCAGAUGAAGGACGGGGCCUUGCCGCCACAGCCCCUGGCAGAUUCGACGGCCAUGGAAAGUCUGCACCGCGCGUUUGAAGAAGGAACCCACUUGCCCUUUUUUUCGCGGUUUUCCAAACAAGGCGGCAAGGACCCUCGGAGUAAGUAUUUUUUACUAACUUCCUUUCCUCCAAGGACCCAUUUUUUCAUGAUGCAGGCUUUGUAAUAUCUCCUGAGUCGUGUGCAGUUGGGUGUGCACCCAACCUUGAAUUGUCGCUUGGUUCUUUUGCCCGCCAACGAGGCAUGAAAACUACAGACUCUCAAAACGCGGAUGCAUUUGGCGGCGGAGGUUCCAGUCUGCUGGUCUCGCGAACGCAGCAACUUCUCGAGGACCUCCGGUUCGAUCCAAACCACCCUAUCCUACAAAAAAGAACGCCCAUAGUAGAUUUUUUGGGCAGUUUUUCACGUACAAGACAAGACUAAAACAAAAAUGCUGGUGCUCUUGUCUGUUCUUCUGCUUCACAAAUAUUCGAACGGUGUCUCCAGUUGUAAGUACCCUUUCAUCCGGGAGUUACAAAUACAAAUACAAUCUCCAAUCCGCAUGACAGGCUUGUUUUCUGCCUGUUGCGGAUCAGCAUCUUCACAACUACGCCAUGAACGCAGCAUAUGGAUAAGGAUAUGCAAAUUCAGUCUUUAUCUGGUAUGCGUAUGGGUGCGCUUUUCGGUAUGAUCCACCCCAUGGUACAGCAAAGCCGCGACGAGCUUGACGUGUUGCUGCACAAAUCCGAAGCCACCGCUUUUGACCCGGCAUUGAAGUCGCUGUAUUGCAACCUGAAAUUCGUCAACUGGGGCAACGUGAAGCAGUCUCGCCGGUUUCACAAGUUGGCCUUCCGGGCCCAGAAGCACUCGGCGGGCGGGGAGCAGAUUGCCGCCACAGACAAGGAGGUGCGCAUGCAACAGAUCUCCGCGAACGCGCGCGCUAUUCUCACGGGCGAGGACACAAGCACGGCGCAGGACGGCACGGCGGUCGCAGUCAAACUCCCGCCCAAGCCCAAAGACUUGACACCGAGGAAAAGUACGACUUUUGCAGAAGAUGUUGAAAAAUAUUGCAGUUUAUCUUUUUUGAUCUGACCUUAAGUAGCAGGACAACUACAUUAUACAAGGAGCGCACUUCGACUUAUUACUAGAUCUUAUCUUUCCGCCACCGACGCUUAAGAAUUCGUUGCGAACUAUCCAACCACAGGCGAUGCUCCGCCUGCGGACCCCUUCGGAACAACCCAGGCGGCGGAGCCGCCUUCGCAGGACGAGGCGGAAGAGACCGCGGUAGAGGAUUUCAUCGCCGCGAUCCAAGCGCGAACUCGCAUGGUGUCUUCGGUAAAGCGGAAGUACUCCGUGAAAACGGUCGUUCGCGAAUACGGGCAGGACGCUGAGGAGAUCGACUGGGCCGCACUGUGGCAGAAACUGAGCUCGCUCCUGAAGCCGCGGCGUCCGCUGAAGCCGGCCAUGCAGCAGCGGCUGCACGACCCCAGCUCCAAGCGCGCGGGCAUCCACAUCAACGUGGCCAAGCUGUACAACGUGCCGCUGAGGAUACCCUCCGCGCUGGAGCGCAACCAGAGGGGCCUCACGGUGUCCGAGGUCGUCGUGGAACUUGCCUUCGAAAACAUGGACAAAAUGGAGCUGAAAACAGACACCGGGUACCGCAUACCGGGCUUGAACCCAGACAUCAACCAGCACCGCGUCUUCCCGCUGGCCAGUGGGCUCAACCCAAACGUAUCUUUGUCCGGUGACGCCCUCAACGCGUUCACGAACGCCCUGCAUUUCAACGUUUUCGACGAGACGGAGAUCUAUUCCCUGAAAAUUAAAUAACCAUCUCCAUCCAAUUUGUCAUGCAAAAAAGUCUUGUCUGUGUUUGUCAUGCAAAAGUGGAUGGGGAUGGAUGCUUAAUUUUCAGGGAAUAAGAUCAGCAUACAAACCGGAGCGGGGGGCACGGCGAGCCUGUCCAUGAGCGGGUCGAGCAACAACUAUGGCAAUCAGGGCGGUGCGGUCAUCACCAAGCGAGAGAGGCGCUAUUUGGGGACGUUUGCGCUCCCUUGGCCCACGGUGUUGGCAAACAACUGCAAAAUAGAAGGUCGCUUUCGCGUCGACGCGCCGGUAGGAAUCAUCGGCUACCAGAAACCGCCCUCUGCUGCCGCACAGCAGCGCAUGGCACAAGGAAUGCCACCAGAUCCAACCCAAGGUUUAUCAUACGCUUUAUUUGAUGCUUAUGCAUUACUUACUUUGGUUGUGGUUCAUUGAAAAAUCCUAUUUUGACAUUACGCCGCAAACCCACUGGAGAACGUUCUGCUGGGACAAACUGCAGAUAAAGGAUUGACGCAUGGAAAGUCGAAGCAUAAGCAAACAGAUAAGAUACUAUAAAUAUUUCUGUAAGUAUACGCUCGUGGAUAACGUCAUUCACGAGCGCAAUGCUCACGAGGAAGCGCUAGCGCCGUCAAUGUAAAAACUAAAAAAAAAACAGGCGAAGAGAAUGAGGAGCCCAUGCUCCUGUUUGCCAGUGUGACGCUCGACCGCGUGCUGACGGAGCCCGAGAGCGGCAAUGCGCCGAUCAUUCCCGGAAAAGAAUCCCGAGCCAUAUUGAACCACGUGCACCAGUGGAUGGCAUCCCUAGGCUCCGAUCGCAUCGUGAAGGAGAACCUGGCCCAAGCUCUCGGCACGGACAUCGAGGGCCGGUCGCGGCUGGUGACGCGGUUCAUCACGCCCCAAGCGCCACCCGAGGACAUCGUGGCAGACAUGAUGGACCCCUUUGCCAUCGAAAAAUGCGCUCGCUUCGUCUCCCUGAUCACUUUCAUGACGGACGGGCAGAUGUUCGAAGGCCGGGCUGUGGAUCUCUGGUGCACCUCCAAAACUUUUCUGGACAUCUCGUGUGGGGACUACGAGGAGCACGCCAUACUCUUGUGCAACUACUUCAACUACAUCGACGCGAAGCGGGGGGAAGUAUUAAUAGGAGGGAUUUUCUUGUUCGACGUUUUCAAAAUGGUUUUCCUGUUUUUGCUCACUGUUUUGUCAAAAAGUUUGCUGUUCUGUUCUCGAUGAAUGUCGCGUUGCAAUUGGUUCACCGACGUGGUGGAAUCGUAAGAAGUUGCAAGAACAUCUCCUACAGCGCGCCUUCUAUCACACAACCUUCAGGUGGACCCUGGGCACCAAGUAAAAAGCUUUUGUGUGGCAGUGGAUGCGAUUCCUGACGGGGACGGCAUGUAUGUGAUGCGCCAGGACCAGUUGAGCGGCAACACCGAGUUCUGGGACCCAAUCACCAACCGUUGCUACUUUGUGCCGCGCCGGGGCGAGACCUACUACAAUGCCGUACCUGCCGACCCAGACCAAGCAGGACCGGUAGGGGCGAUCACGGGGUGCGUAAAGCGUAUCAAGGUGGACAUCUCUACUCCACCCACCCUUGCUUCAGCUUCAUCCCCUCGAAUAUUUAAUGGGUAGAGUUUAAUACGGCGCAAGGCCAAGAGCGAGCAACAGAGACAACAUCAGAGGACACGUAGAUCAACCUUAUGUGUUGACAGACCAAAGCACGACAUUGGUGUGGAUCACAGUACUGUGCGAAGUCUUGUAAAUGCGAUUUCCUCUCACGCAAGGUCGUAUUGCUGAAAAGCGCUAGAAAAAUGCUGGAAGUUUUGCGUUUAUGUGUGCGGAAAAAUAGUUGGGCGAGGGGGACUGUCCACUAUCAUAAAACGCCUACGCGAGCGACACGAAGCCGCGAAGAAGGGUAUUGAAAAAGAUAUUUCAUUCAUGAUCAAGGACGCUGUGACAGUGAGUUGGAACAGUCUGAAUCCAAUGCGAAAUAACCAAAUUAAUAACAAGAAACCUUGUCAUAUUCCGAAAAUUUUUGAAAUCCUGUGCUGCCUAUCAUCUCAGGUCGAUUUACUGGAUCUGCCAUAGCGGGACCAUCACCGUACGCCCUCACCUGCCCGAUUCAGAAAGUAAAUGUCGUCUUCUCCGCGGAAAAUGUUUGGUACAACACGCUGCGACACCGGGCAGAAUGUACAACUCACGUGCUUCGUUAUUCUUCUAGUAGUACUAACUAUCUAUGUUGCCCACCCUUGAUGUUUCAAGAGUCGCUCGUUGCUUGAUGAAAAGAUUGAAAAAAUAAUUUUUCACAGUUUCCUUGUGUUGUGUGAUCUCGCAGAAAUUCAAAUUACUUCUGUAAUCUGUCGUCCUUUUUCCUGGCUUGGGUCACUCAACCUUGAUUCCUGCAGCAAGGAGAAUGCUGGUGUAACGCUCAUGUUCGUGGUGUGUAUGAUCUAUCACUAAUCUUCAGCACGAGAGCCAGGAACAGCGGCAGAAAGUUGCGUGCUGAAGAUGGAUUGGGACCUGGAGAACCAUGCGCUGUGGCGCCCCUUGUUCGUGGACGAAAGUGAGAAGAAGCAUUUGUUUCCCGAUGGAACCAUUGAAACGCUCCAGCCAGCUCUGCGGUAUGAACCACCUAACGUUUCCAGGGCGAAGGUACUAACUUUAUUUACUUCAAACGACGACCUCCAGCUUUUGUUUCAUUCGUAUCGGCGUCAGCCUCACAAGUUUGCAACUAAUAUAAUGUGUUGGUCAUCGUGAUGUGUUUUUUCUUAAAUUUCACACUGUGCUAUCUACACGCACAAACUGUGUAGACGGCACGCGUAAAAGCAUUUUCUGAUGCAGAAUUGUAUGCAAUUUGCAGAAUGUCGAUGUUGUCAUCGCACAUGGCGUGAUGUUGAUUUUUGAUGCUUUCAUCAAAAGGAAACGUGAACCUAGACAGAUUGUUUCUUUGCACAACAGCAUUUGCGAUCAUACUUGAGCCUUAAUCUCUCCACACAGGCGCUUCAAGCCCAAUUGGAAGAUGAUAUCUGGAAACGGUUUCUUCGCGAACGUGCCGGCCGAAACCUGCGGACCCGUAGCAACGCCGCAAUUGCAGGAAAGUGCCGAGAAAUGCUCGAUAUCCAAGAAAUGCAAAUAUGUUCUUGUCUGGGUGUAGUUGAUUGCGAGAAGUGUAGUCAUACUCGUCUGGCAUGAGGACUCUGAGCUCUGUAUUGCGUGGCCGCACCAGUGAGCUCCUCUUGCCUGCCAUGGAAAAACGCAAUCUCUAAUGCGUAAUAAGCAAUUGAAAAGCAUGGCAAAACUUGUCAUGCUUGGCAGUGCAGUAAUACUUACAGUGUGCUCAUUCUCAUUUUUCCCUGACUCGCGUCACAAGUUUCCGGACCCAGACGCAGACAUAUUUGCAAUGCAUACUCGAGACCCUGGAGCAAUUCAAGCAAACGCGGCGGGAGGGUGGCAAUGAGGCACCACCACCGCUGCGAGCUGCCAAUGAAGUACCCGUCAAGAAGCCGGAUGUGGACGCUUUUUUCCUGAUAUGGAGGGGAAGUGAGUGAUGUUCCGGACUGCUGCUUUUCGCAAGAAAAAAUCCAUCUUGUCUCGCGAAUUUAGAUGCACCUACGCGGCUUUUUAUGUGAUACACGACGCAGCUUUUUCUGAUCUCUCAACACGAGCGAAAAUCACUCCUACUCGGCAUCGCAUGGAAUUGAGUGGUUUUUGAUUCCAUUCUGAUGUGCUUUUUGGUUCUGAUAAAGAACAGCUGCGUAGGCAUAUAAUCCGCAUGGCAGACUGCGACUUUUCUUGUCUCUACUAGCAGCACAUUAUCCUAAAACCACUCACUUACUUUCCCUCUAUACCUAAAGUUGGAGGAGGAGUUCGGCGGACACCGGGGCAUGCGAGUGUACGGGGUGCCGCUCAACCUCGGGAUGAGCGACUUCGGACAGGUCUGGCAGGCGGUGACGAACACAGACCUCCUGGCGCUCGGCAGCGACGACGCCGAGUUCUCCAUGGCCGUGCGCGUGUUUCCGUACUCGCAGCGCAUCUGCAGCAUUUGGAUCUUCCUGGUCUGCGUCACGCAGUGA